AUCUGCAGACAGGAGCCAGAGCUCAGAGGAGGCACGCCUGUGUCUCUGUGACAGUCACAGGGCCCUGCCUUCUUACCGGUCCUGCUGUGCUGGGGAGGGUUGCCCAAUCCAGGAUCCCUAAGGAGCACAGGGCCCCUGGCCCAUCCUGGAAUACAAACUGCUGAUCACAGAUAGAUGCUGAUGCGCUGGCAUCAAGCGCACCUUCUGAAGGUCCUCCAAGGCUGAGUGAGUUCUGGGUGGCCUAGGACCAAGGACAUUGACAGACUUCCAGAAGGACCCCAAAGCCCUCAGCUGUCCAGCCAAAGCAUGGUCUUAGCUGAAGUCCUCUCCAAGCCUCUGAUGACAAGAAACCAGCAGGAUCUUUACUCCUCAGAGAGGACUGGCCCAGGAGGCCACAGAAGCUAUCCCAUGGCAGUGAUGGACGUGAUCCUCAUCCAGGCAGUGUGAGGUUCAAAGGCAAGGAAGGUGACCACGAUGCCACCACACCAUUCUGAGUUCCUCUGGGAUGCGGAAAAGGAGGCACCAAAAGGGGAAGUAGCCUGACAGCCAGUCACCCAGAGCCUUGCAAGUCAGCGUCGUACAGCCUCCCUGCCAUCUUACUUCUCCCCGUGACACCAACAACAGCACGUUCAGUAUCUCCCUCGGAGGUGUGCUUCUAACAGUCCUGCUCAGGAAAGAUGGGAAGCCUGCUCAGCAGAAGGAAAACCCUGCCAAGUCCAAGCUCGAGCUCUCCUGUCCCAGGCCAGGGAUCUGAGCCCAUGCAAGCAGAGAGGAGCAAGGCCACAGCUGUGGCGCUGGGCAGUUUCCCGGCAGGCGGGCAGACUGAGCUGUCUCUGAGGCUAGGAGAGCCAUUGACCAUCCUCUCUGAGGAUGGAGACUGGUGGACAGUGCUAUCAGAAGUCUCAGGGAGAGAGUUCAGCGUCCCCAGCGUGCACGUGGCCAAGGUCUCCCACAGGUGGCUGUAUGAGGGCCUGAGCCGGGAGAAAGCUGAGGAACUGCUGUUGUUGCCUGGGAACCCUGGAGGGGCCUUCCUCAUCCGAGAGAGUCAGACCAGGAGAGGCUGUUACUCCCUGUCAGUCCGACUCAGUCGCCCUGCAUCUUGGGACCGGAUCAGACACUACAGGAUCCAGCGCCUUGACAAUGGCUGGCUGUACAUCUCGCCACGCCUCACCUUCCCCUCACUCCAGGCCCUGGUGGACCAUUACUCUGAGCUAGCAGAGGACAUCUGCUGCCUCCUCAAGGAGCCCUGUGCACUGCAGAGGCCUGGCCCACUCCCUGGCAAGAACAUCCCCCUACCUGUGACUGUGCAGAGGACGUCACUCAAAUGGAAAGAGCUGGACAGCUCCCUCUUGUUCUCUGAAGCACCCGCCACAGGGGAAGCAUCUCUUCUUAGUGAGGGGCUCCGGGAGUCCCUCAGCACCUACAUCAGCCUGACUGAAGAUGUCUCCUUGUACAACAGCAAGACUAAAAGCAGAGGCCGGAAAGGAAACCAAGUCUGUGGCACUUAGAACCCAAACUCAGCUCAACAUGGGCACCCAGAGGGAAAGCUACGCAGAGAAGGUGCGACCAGGCACCCUUGCUCCUUCCUCACUUGGCUCCAAGAAGUCAUUUACCUUUUCUCAAGCAAUGACCCUAUGAUCUCUAGUUCAAGUGCAAGGCAGCUGAGAACAGAGCCAGGGCUCCAGAGAAGGUAAACCUAGCUAGGAACAAUGGCACAUGCCUGUAAUCCCAGCUACUUGGGUCCCUGAAGCAGGAUGAUGUAGAGUUCAAGGUCAGCCUGAGUAACUAAGACACUGUCUCAAAAUAAAAAAUUUCAAAAAGG